AUGAAAUUCACUCUUUUCAAGUUCAUAGGCCUAGCCCUAGUCACUUCAGCUGCUACAUCUCCGGUGGCGGACUACGAGUUGGUAGCGAGAGAUGCAAGUCUCGAGCCAAGUUUGGACUCAUCAACCAUUGAGGGCCGAGCUGUUGGUGGCUCUUCCAACUACCUUAUCUACCCAAAAGCCAAUGCAGUCAAGAAAGAUAUCGAAGCAUUCACCAAAAGCCUUCAGUCGCAGGCCGGCAAGACUAAACUGGACACUCUCACCAAUAUGAACGGCAAGCUUCUAGCUUGGUACGCCACACUGAGCGCAAGCCAGGUUGCUGCUAUUAACAAAAACAGUAUUAUCGGAUCAGUUGCUCCUGAUGCACCACUGAAGAGCCCGGCGAAGCCAUCCGGCAUUACCAAACGUGCUUUCAAGACCGACAAGAAGGCUCAGCCUGAGCUUCAGAUGUUCUCCACUGCUCCGGGAAAAAAGCCUUCUGGCUACACUUAUGAUGAGAAAGCCGGCCAAGGCGUCACUAUCUAUGUCCUGGAUGAAGGCUUCAACCUCAGACACAAGGAAUUCACUUCAUCUCCUGGCAGGAAAAGGUGGAUCUUCUCCAGGGGCGUCUCCGGUGAGAAUGACCCCGACGGCCACGGCUCCUGCUGCGCAUCCAAGGCACUUGGCAGCACGGUUGGAGUUGCGCCGAGAGCGGAUCUUGUUGCUGUCAAGCUCCAGUUAACUUCUUGGUCCAUGCUCAAGGCCUGGCAGGCAGUCAUCUUGGAUGUUCAGCAAAAUAGACUGCAAGGAAAGGCUGUUGUAAGCUACUCAAAAGCUACGAUUGCUUGGCGUAUCGAUCGUGGAGAAUCGUAUUUCGGAGUCGUCCUGUUGAGUCUCUUGAAGAACUUGGAGGCUCUUGAUGUUGUUGUCGUCAGCUCUUCGGGAAAUGAGGGCAGUAAUAUUGAUGUCCACUCAUACCCAUCGCUUUUCGCCGACCGAACUCCUAUCAUUGUUACUGGAGCUGUCGAUAACGAAGGGAAACUUGCUUUCUUCUCCCAAGGCGGUCCUCUCGUGACGACCACUGCACCUGGAGUCGCCGUCAAGUGCGCUGCUAUGAGCGGCACAUCAGCUUACCAGGCCGGCGAAGAGCCAACUGGAACAUCAUUCUCUACACCCGCCGUUGCUGGAUUGGCAGCCUACUUCCUAUCGCUUGACUCCUUGAGACCUCGACUUCAAGUCCGUGGCUCAGUUGCGAGGAACGUCAAGGUACUUAUUCAGGAGCAUCACUACGAACGUGUCAAACGUGGACCCAAGGUUGCAUGGAACGCGCACACUCUCCUAAGAAACUGA